AUGUGCCAGCAAGAGGUAGCAGACCUCCUCUGCUCCGAGCCGGAGUGCAACAACGUCCUCGCCUGCAAGAGGCUCGUCCCGGGGACCCAGGAGCGGUGCGAGGCGGUCAAGAACGCCGCCAGGGACGCGCCCCAGCCACCACAGCACGACCACCCGACGGACUACGACAUACCGAGGUCCCAGCAGCCGGUGCCGGUGUACGCCCAGCCGCGCGACUGGUGCCGCGACAUACGGAGCAUCCCGGGCGCCGCCCGCAAGGCGAGGACGGAGAUGUGCCGCGCCUGCCGGGUGAAGCCCGUGGAGGAGCAGAACGAGAUGUACGCCGACUACGGCGAGGUCCUGGCCGAGAGCAGGGGGGAGCAGCUGGCGCGCGACGAGGAGCGGCGGGCCAGGUCGAGGGGGGAGGGCCCUGCGGCGGGCGGGUAUUUCCAGGCGGGGGUCGGUGGGACUCCGCCGGGAUCCGGUUCCGGUGCGCAUCUGAAGACUGACCACGGCCGGGGCGGCCGUGGUGGGGGUUCUGGUCGUGGCCAUCAUAAGGGACAGGGCCGUGGCAGCUAG